UGUGCGAGGAUCAACACGCCUUUUUCGUCUGUCGUAAACAUUCCGUCGGCCUCUAUCAACUUCGUACAUCGGGGAGAGUGAGAUAGGGGAAAGCAGACGAGAAGGAAAAAAAUAAAGAAAGAAAAACUAGAAAGCGGGAGAGAGAGAGAGGAGAGAGGGAGAGAGAGCAACUGGACUUUGAGAUUGAGCAGGAACCACCCGUGCGCAAGUGCACUGCGCAAUCUACGGCGUCCUGUUUAAAAAGCAGAACAAGAGCUUUGGCUUCUCAUUCCAGGGAAAGGAUUAGAGCGGGGAUGACAGACGAUCGUGUUCUGAAGAUGUCGUGACGGCGUGUGUAAAGUUUGGCAUGUCCGAAUACUUGUUCCGAUGCAGAAAGCUUGAUCUGUUUUCUUUGCUUCUAGUUGUGGAAGGUCUGAGUUAAAUAUUGAUCUCCAGUUUAUUUAAAAGUGCGCGUUAUUUCUUUGGAAGAAAAUACUGUGUGUUUACUGUUCGUCCACAAGACAGCGUUAAUGAGAGUUGUUGAAGUUCCUAAUCGUUCCAAGAAAUGUAGUGUGCGUCAGAUUCUUUUGUCACUGUGCAUUGAACCGAAUUUUUGUGUGCAAUUAUCCUGAUUUGCGAUUCUUAACCUUUGAAAGUUAUUCUGAAUGUUUGUCAAUUAUGGAAGCAAAUGCCCAACUUGGUGUUCGGUUUCUGCCGUGCAUCCGAUGACACCUGCAAUAGUUUCUUCACGAAAAAAUAAUCCUCUGCCUUUUUCUGAAUGUAAUAGCGUGUUACCAAAUCAAAACCACAUAAUUUCUUUUAUCCGUAGGAAGUAAUAGUAGCUACCACAAAAGUAGAAGACAAAAAUAAUCGUUAAUGGUACUUAACGACCGUUAAAAUCACCUGAAAUUGCUCAGUAUUGUAUAGUUACAACGUGUAUUUAGUGUUUGUUUGAUCUUCCGUACAAGCUCUUAUCAUCGAUAAUCACCGAUAUCAAUUCUCUGGAUUUUGUUGCUCAUCAUGACGACCAGGAACAUCAUAAAGGGCGAGAAAAGGACUCGUCGAAUGAUGAUCAUCAUCUACUUAAUGUCGGCAGUUUUUAUAGUUGCCCAUGCUGUCAACCCGCAUCACAACAGGGUCAUUGAAAAAGAACAUGUCCGGGAGUUUAACUGCGGGCGGCUUUUCUACAGAACAUUCUUUCUUGACAUUCGGAAAGAUGUACUUUACGUUGGAGCUAUGGAUAAAGUAUUUCGAAUAAAUUUAGCCAACAUUAACAGAACAAGAUGCGAGGGUGAUGCAAUUACGAUAGAACCUUCCAAUGUGCCCAAUUGUGUUUCGAAAGGAAAAUCUGAACACUAUGACUGCAGGAAUCACAUUAGAGUCAUCCAGCCAAUAGGAGAUGGAAGUCGUCUCUACAUCUGCGGAACGAAUGCCCACAAUCCUCUAGAUUACGUCAUUGGGGCGAAUCUGAGUCGAUUGGGUAGCCAUGAAUAUUUCCCUGUCGUAGGAGACGGAAUUGCUAAGUGUCCUUUUGAUCCAGAAGACAACGCCACUGCUGUGUGGGUAGAACAUGGCAAUCCAUCCGGCCUUCCUGGACUUUACAGCGGCACCGUGGCCGAAUUCACAAAAGCCGACACGGUGAUCUUUCGGACCAACCUUUACAACCUUACCACGGGAUAUGAACUCCACCCAUUUAAGCGGACCAUUAAAUACGAUUCCAAAUGGCUUGACAAGCCUAAUUUUGUCGGUUCGUAUGACAUCGGCGAGCAUGUGUAUUUCUUCUUCCGAGAAAGUGCAGUUGAGUACAUCAACUGCGGAAAAAGCAUCUAUUCCCGAGUUGCACGAGUGUGUAAAAAAGACACCGGUGGAAAAAACAUCUUGAGCAAAAACUGGGCAUCUUUUCUCAAAGCUCGCCUCAACUGUUCAAUACCCGGGGAAUUUCCAUUCUAUUUCAAUGAAAUUCAGGAUAUAUACAAACAUCCAGAAGAUGACCAAAAGUUCUAUGCUGUCUUCACAACAUCCAUGAAUGGAUUAACUGGUUCUGCCGUCUGCACCUUCAGUUUGGAAUCAAUACAAGAGGUCUUCAACGGCAAAUUCAAAGAACAGGCCACAUCAUCUUCAGCCUGGCUGCCCGUCCUAAGCAGUAAGGUUCCCGAACCACGCCCUGGUCUUUGCGUCAACGAUACCCAAACCUUACCAGACUCUGUGCUAAACUUCAUCAGAGGUCAUCCGCUCAUGGAUUCUGCGGUAGCACACGACAAUGGAAAGCCUGUCUUCUACAAGAGGGAUAUCCAGCUCUCUAGACUAGUGGUGGACAAGCUGGAAGUAGAUGGUUUGCCUUUCACCGUUUUCUAUGUAGCAACUAAUGAAGGCAUAAUUUAUAAACUUGUCGAAUGGUAUAACAGAGAUGGCGAAGAGCAUUCCAAUUUGGUGGACAUCUUUGAAGCUACAACCCCAGAACCUAUAAGAUCGAUGGAAAUUUCCAGCAAGCACAAGUCAUUGUACAUUUCUUCGGACUCCUUCAUCCGUCAGUUUGAUGUAAUUAUGUGCAAGGGAAGGUACGACAAUUGUUUGCGAUGCAUACAAGAUCCUUAUUGUGGGUGGGACAAAGAUCACAAUGAAUGCAAGCCUUAUGUAACUGGGCUUUUGCAAGAUGUCACCAAUGCUACUCCAGGGAUUUGUGAUAGCAGCGUUAAAAACAAACCUCUUCACGUGUAUUGGGGCCAAAGUGUCCACUUAGCCUGCAACAUCCACUUGCCUCAAGCAGAGACUGCGUUACCAGGAGUUUCAAAAUGGUACCGGUACACUCGGGAGAAGGGGAAGUACGAAGUGCAGCAGCGGCGGGAAAAGUACAUCUACACGCAAGACCAGGGUCUUGUCAUUCUAUCUGUGACAGAAAGGGACAGUGGACGUUAUGACUGCAAGCUGGGACCGAAUACAUUGUGCAGUUACAAUAUCACUGUUGACACUAAAACUUGUAGUGCGCCUACUGACGUCGAAUAUAGGAAAGUAUACUCCGAUUGGUGUCACGAAUUUGAAAAGUAUAAAUUGGCUAUGAAGACAUGGCAAAAUAAACAACAGAAAUGCCAACUCAGCCAUCCGAACGAUGUUACAUAUCAGGGAAGUCCACCUCUGUAACAGUGAACAGAAACAGGACGCCGAAUUAUAUAUAACAGAAACUUAAUGAAUCCUUCUUUCUGCUGCUCAACGUGACCGCCCUGCAUUAAGAACCAGAAAGUGAACGAAGCUGCUCACUUCUGUAAAUAACAAACACAGUUCAUCGGAUCAUCUGUGAUGGUAAAAAAAAAACUUCAACAACACGGACCCCUCGUUGUUGGACAAUGCAACUAUGCCAAAGACUAUCCUAGGUGUUCCUCCCGGUCGGAAGAUUGUUCUGGAAAUGCUCAAUUACACGGGAAGAAUCCGUUCUCCCAACGUGAAAACAUGUUUGUAGAAAUCCAGCGUAUGAUUUUUCUGUAUGUGUGUGUAUAGUGUUAGCUAUGCGGUAACAGGAUGAAACUGCAAUGACAAAAACUGGUUCCUUCGAUAAAUAUAAAAUUUUUUCUAAGUGUCCAGUUUAAUCAUUUGAAUAAUUAAAGUGAGAACUUGCGUGGAUUGGGGAGACUAUCCCGAGAUUGGGAUAUAUUUUCGUUUUAUUUUCCUGAGCGUCACGGACUCGUUGUAAACAAUUGUAAAUUCGAAUGCAAAAAAGGAAGUGAACACUUAAGACGACAUCUUGACAAGAACUGUGAACCUGUACCCAUGAGUGAUAACUAGCAAGCUCAUGCAAAUGCUGAAUUUUCUAUGUUGUGAUAAUUUGUUUGAGCCAUGCUAUAUUCUUAUUUGAGACAUUUUUUAAAACUUUCUAUAAGUAUGCUGACUUAUGCAAGUAUUUGCUCCGGAAUUCGACGCAAGAAUGCCCAAGAUGAGAUAUUCUUUCCUCUUCAUUGACAUUGUAACAUCGCAUUUUAAGUCACCAAAAUUCGUCUGCCAAACUGUAUAUUAUUUUUGUUUGUUGUAUUACAAUAAUAUGAUCUACACUUGAAUAAAUCCAACAUGAGUAAGGCAUAAAUUUGCAGAAUAUUGCAUACUUGUUUUCGAGUUUCAAAGAGUUGCUUUUGUACGAGAAAGUAAAACAAUCCGAGAAGGUUUUUAUUUUUCUCGCUUAGCUCAUUUUCUUGUACAAACCACGUGCUUAAUAAUUUCUUCACAAAUUUAUGCCUUGUUUACAUUAGUGGUAAAAAAGUAAAUGCAUACCGUUUAUUACAAAUGAUUCAAAAUUCUUUAAAACAGCAAUAAUGCUACCAACGCAAUUUCAAUUGAACUUUAUCACAUUCACAACUUAGAAAACCUAUUUUUUCAUUUGAAAUAUUUAAAAAAUUACUGAUGUAUAGCAAUAUAGCAUAUUAAGUACUAUGGUAAUAGUGGUUCAUGUAAUUGUUCGAUAAGCAUAUUUAACUAAAUUUUGGAAAACAGAAAAAUUUGCUUUAAAAGCAUCAUAUGUAUAUGCACAAAAUCUUUGCUUUAAAAUUCUCUGAAAUUUAGAGUUCAAAACCUAAAUCCCCAAAACAUGAAAACCUUAUGUUCAAGUUUAACAUGUGAAAGAGUACUUUUACUUUUGUUAACAUUUCUUCCAUAUUUCUCACUUAAUAUUUGGUCUAAUUUAUGUUAGAGGCAGAUAAAAACUUUAGAAUAAGAUUUAAUGAAGAAAAAAAUAUUUUGACAUGUAUUCAGAUUACUAUUUCUGCUGCUUGAAACAAGAUUUAAACUCAUUAUUUUUCUUUGCAUGAACUAAAUUUGCUGACUGUUUUAAAGCGUGGUAGUUACACAAGCAAGUUUUAUAUGAAAACUAUGCAGUCUAUUUUUUUCUGAUAUUUAACUGAAGUCAUUUUCGAUUUGUACCAUUGGCGCCAAUGUUAUUAAGUAAUUAAUUUUAUUAGUUAAGUAAGUAAUUUUAUCUAAUGUUUAAACUUAAACACAUUUAAUAUUAAAUGAAUUACUCGCUAUAGUUUUAGCUUUGAAGUAAAAACACCAGGUAUCACUAAAAAACUCUGCAUCAAAGUAAAACAUUUCGAAGUAAAACGCACUUAAUACAGAAGAUCAAAUUUCAAUUUGUUCAACCAUUCAACAUUUCUUGCCCAUGUGUUUGUUUCAUAUGGAAACAGCGACGGAAGGCUUUAACUUUCAAGUACAUAUUUUUGUUAUUGCAAAUGAAUAAGAAGAUUUUUAAAAAUGAUGAUACUCAAAAGAUGGAAGCUGCUCGUUAUAAUUUAAACGAAACAAAGUUAAUGGUCUUGCAUUGCAAAUACACACACACAUCCAUACAUAAAUCUUUUCGUACGAUUAGUUUCAUUUCAUUUUUCCUAAUAAUACAACAGUUAAUAGCAAUUCAUUUGCUAUUAACUGUUAAUAACACAUACAAAUAACGCUGAUCAAAUCUUUGAGAACUUAAUAGUAUCCGUUUUAAACCAUAGUGUACACUUUAACCAACAUUGAAGGAAUAUUUUCCACCACUUUUACCAAUGUCCCAAAAGCUCGAUAACAUAAAAUUCUAAUAAAGGUUAUUAUGACAUGUAUUUAUUUUUUAAUUCAGUAAAAAUAAAAAUCAUUUCUUUUCGGUUCUCUUAUGCUCCAUAAGACUGGUUUUUAGCAAUAUCUAAACUAAAAUGUAAACUCCCGAUUAUCCUCGGAUUAGGGUGACACGGUAGCCGCCGAUAAAGGAAAACCGCGGAUUAUCCGAAUAAUUGGCAAAAAACAUACUUAGUGUAUACAGUAGCUAAAAAAGUAUUGAUAACACUUUCAUGUACACUAAAAACAUUGCUACAUUGCAUCUACUAACAUUGAAUAUAAAAAAUAUUUAUAAAAUCUAAAAGCGAACAAUAACAAAUUAAAUGUUUAAAAAUAAAAUACGAAAAUGUGAAAAGACCCGCGAAUAAUCCGACCACCGAUAAUCCGAAGUGUACUAUAGUAACAUUAUCAAACACACUAUGCAAGUAUUUUACGUAUUUUAUCAUGUAUGAAUAAAAAUAUGUUUUUCAUCUGAAUUAGGCCAGUAAAUACAAUUAAAAAAUGUUUGCUGUAUUUUCUGCGCUACUGUCAGAGAAUACAACUUUUAUUUGACAUUUUUUCCACUAAACGUUACAUAAUCUACUUUUUAAAAAAAUCUAGUUCAUGAGAUCAUGAUAUUAAUUUUCAUACAAACUUUCAUGAUAUUGUUGCAUAUCUUGCAAUGUGAACGUUGGAAUUAUGUUUUAUGUGUGUAAAUAUCAUUUCGUCGGUGUCUUUCUAUUUCCGUGUCUAAAGUGCUUAUUUUUCGAAACUUUAAAAAAUCAGUUCUGCAAAUGAGCUGGAGUAAUCAUCAAAUCCUAUGCAAUACAUGAUUCUAAUUUAUUUUGCAAUUUACUCAAUUGAAAGCGCAAUAAAUGUUCUGCAUUUUUUAUGAAAGAAAAGAAAUGUAACAUUUAAAAUGACCUACGAUGAGUAUCCAAAACAUAUGUCAAACUAUAAAAAAAAUUUGAUUUGCUCAUUUCAAGCUGUUAAUGGAUAAAAUAAAGAUUUUAACAUUUUU